AUGGAAACGAGAACGCCAGCGAGGAUCCAGAACGAGGUCAGUGACGAGGGUGACGAGGAAGGCAACGCCUGCGACAACGGGUACUUUAUUGUGCCGGCAGCCCACUUGGCUCCCGGGAGGCGAGGACUGGACUCGGAGCGGCUGACUGAACCGAAGGUGAUGGUCACCCAAAGGUUGGCGACACUAAUGAUCAGGCUGGAACAUGAACGUCAUGUUUAA